GUUCUGACCCGUUCUGGCCUCUGAUUGGCUGUUUCGCUUUCAUUUUUUUCCGUCACUUUGCAGCGAGACGUAAUCAAUCCACAACCUCAUUAGCGUCCGUGCGCGUGUCCAUUCGCUAUGGACGAAGACUGUGGUGCAGCCGAAGAUUUUGACUGUCCAAGCCUUCUGUGCGACGAACUAGAUUUGGAAACAAAGAAUGAUCAAGGGAGGAGGAGAGAAGAGCAGGAAGAAGUGUUUAAUGAGAGGGAGGAUGGAGAGCGAGGAGAGGAGGAGGGGGAGAAAGAAAGUGAGGUGUCAGGAAAGGAAACGAUGGUGACAGAGAGAGAGGAGGAGGAGGCGAAGCCAGAGAGUAGGCUGGACGUGGAGGAGGAACAGGAGGUGCAGAUGGAAGACAAGGAGCCCGUGAAGGAAACCAUGGCUGACGAGCCACACAGUAAAGUAACAAAACGGGUAGAGGAGCCUAGGAAGGGAAGAAGGAGGCGAGGUAGGAAACCAAGUGAACGAGGGAGGAGGAGAGGAGUGAAGGCAGGCAGUGAGAAGCCUGAGCAGCAGCAGCAGCAGAUGCAGGAGGUGGAUGUGAUGAACCCAGAGGAGCCUUUGAUUCUGUCAGAGCCUCCGUUUGGGCUCAUGAACGGCGAGGACUUGUCCGACCCCGUGUACGUGGGCUGUGUUGGGCCGGGGGCGUACGGGCCCCUGCUGUGCCCGUCGCAGCCGCCGAUCCCCAUUCAGCCGGCGCCUCCUCAGCCUCACGGGACCAAGAGGCCGCACAGCCCCCCGCCGCCCCACAGCCUCCCCCAGCCGGCCCCGGGGCCCCGCGAGAUGGAGAUCACGCAGGUUUACUCCACCCGGCGCUCCAUUCGUUACAGCAGCAGGGGCCGGGGCCGCGGCCUUGCCUUCCCUCUGCUACCAGGGAUGGAGAGCGUGGACAGCUGCCUGCUGCCGCCUGCGCCCAGGAAGAAGGCGCGGACGCUCUACAGCACCGAUCAGCUGGAGCAUCUAGAGGCCCUGUUCCAGGAGGAUCACUACCCCGAUGCCGAGAAGAGGAAAGCGAUCGCUGCUUCAGUCGGUGUGACGCCUCAGAGGAUAAUGGUCUGGUUUCAGAACCGCAGGGCUAAGUGGAGGAAAGUGGAGCGCUCCAUGGCCGCGAAGGCCGAACACGGACAGAGUAGGUGCAGCAGCAGCAGCAGCCCCCCGCACCUCCAGAUCAACCCCCUCCUGCCCACUCUGGCAGCUAAUAGUAAGGGAGCGCCGUGUUUUUCCACUAACUUGCCUGCAAAGCUGCCCCCGCUGGCUCUCGCAGCACCAGCUUUCCCCACCUUGUCCAACCAGACCCCACCCUCCUACAACAACCUGCUGGCCACCCUCAGCAGCCCAAGUCAGUCCAGGGGGAAGGAGGGGGGCCAGCACCAGCUUUCAUCUCAGGGGGGGUUGACAGAGUAUCACCCUCGGCCCAUGCACAGUCCUCCCCCCCUGCGGAGAGCCAGCCUCCCCCUUUUCACGGCCCCGUACGGCGCCUCCAACCCCUCUGCGCCUCUGCUUAGCACCCCGGCCGCCGCCGCGCCUCUGUUCCUGGAUGCUCUGGAGGGCGGCUCCACCUUGACCCAUCGCGACACGCAGCCACUUCAGACUGACACCAGUCCUUUGUUUGACUUUGGUGAGAAGCUCGACUAUCUGACGUCCAGCCAGCAGAACAACACGUACCAGCUUCAGACCUCCUACUCCACGAACCAGCCCCAGCUCCAAACCACAGCAUCCCUCACCCGCAUGGCUUACCUCACCCCCUCCCCCUACCUCACCAACCCCUCAGAUUCCAACCCCACCUCCUACCUGACCUUUGGGCCUGGAGGAAACUCCACUGGGGUGGUGACGUACUCUGGAGUCGGUCACCAGUGGAGCAGGUCUCAGAAUGCUGGGCAAAUACUGGUGCAGUCCACUGGUCCUCAUGGUGGGAUCACUGCGUACCAGUCGUACCCAUGGGGUAACAUGUACAAUCAACAGACCAUGCACCAGCGUGCACAGUGUCCUCCAACGUACCCUGUUGGCAUGGGGGCAGCUCGAGACCACCAGUCGGCCUCCUCCACUCUACCUCCCCCCACCUUCUUUCCCCGCGGGGACCACGGGCUCUCGCGGUCGACCCACAGCCACACACAAGCGACCACAAGCAGCGGCGCCACCGUCCUCCCGCCUGUGUCCACGCUGCGGCACCCUCACCUCAGAGCGGAGAGUCCUCCGGCCAAGGUUGCAUCCCUGUUGCCCUGUCAGGUCAGCCCUGCCUCCCCAGACAGGUUUCCAGUUCCCCCAUGUGUGAAGAUUGAGUAUGACAGCCCCAGAGAGAUUCACAGCCACUUCCACUGUGACUUCUCGUCUAUACAUUUUUGACUAAAUGUAUCUGAGCAUGUGUGUUUGCAGCUUCUGUGUAAAGGUUUCCUGUUCAUGUCUGUGUUUUGGUAAUUUGUGUUUUGUAGUGUGUCUUAGAGUGUUUUCAGAGUUAGUAUUUAUGUAAGCAGACAUAGUGGGGUUGUAUUUAACUGGGCUAAAAUAAAUGCUCAUUGUUCUGUUA